AUGGAUUCGGAUUCUAAUAAUGAUGAAGAGAAGCAGGAGAGUAAGGUGAUGACAUCAAAGUUUUUCAAGAGACGUAUAAGGAAUUUCAAGGAAACGACAAAUGAUGAUGAUGAUGAUGAUGAUCAGGGGAGUAACGAGACUGAAGAUAUCGACCAGAGUGACAGUGACGAUCUAGAGAUACAAACACUUCCGAUAAGGCGAAAGAGCCCAUUUCGAGGCAAGAAAGUAAGGCCACCUGAAGCGGGUGAGUUAGAAUACACAACAGGGAGUUAUAAUCAAUCAGCUACGGGAAUACCAGAAGCAUCAUUAGUAAAAGAGCUUAAAGAGCGACGAUAUAGAAAGCAAACGAAGGAAUUUGAAGCUGCAAAAGAAGAAGAACGCCAAGAAGAUUAUGAUUCUGAUUUCAGAAGGAACAAGCAGAAUGAGAAGGAUUCUAAUGACGACGAAGAUUCAGAAAUGGAGGUGGAUAGAGAUGAAAAAUUGAGCGAUGGUCGACUAGCAUUGUCCACGAAUGAGGAGAAGGUACAGAAACUAAUUAAGAGGAAAGAGAUAGAAGAGGCCCUAUUUGAACUAGAAGAAGAAUCUACUAGUGAUAGCGAGAAGAAUGAGGGAGUCAGCAGUGGCAGUGAUAGUGUACUAAAGGAAGUAUUUGAGAGCGUAGCACCAAAGCAUUUUUUAAAAAAGGACAUCAUCGAUUCUUUGGAGGCUAAAUAUCCAAUGCCUAGGUUGAAAAAAGUGCCUCCACUUGAGAUAUGUCUGCAGCAAAUGCAAAAGCGGUUACAAAACUUGCAGCAGAUUCAAAAGUUAAAUAGGAAGAAAAAGGAACAGAUUGAUACACAACUACACGGACUCAGAGCAGAGGAAGGAAAGCUUGCUCAGAAGCUGCAGAAACAAUGA